AUGAGCAGCCGCCCCCCGGGAGGAGCCGGCUCGGGCGUGUGCUUCGGCCCGCGGGAGCCCGACAAGCCCUUCGCGGACUCGGAGCGGGCGCAGAAAUGGCGCCUGUCGCUGGCCUCGCUGCUCUUCUUCACCGUGCUGCUCUCCGACCACCUGUGGCUCUGCGUUGAGGCCAGGCAGGUCGCGGCCGGGCGCCACCGGGACCCAGAGCGGGCGGGAGCGGGCACGGAGGACGGCAUGGACGGGGCGGCGGAGGGCGGCCAGUGCUUCAGCCUGCUGGGCGACGCCGAGGCUGCGUGCCGCCGCCUGCAGCAACCCGGAGCCUCGGCCCAGGCGGAGCUCUACCUUCCCUUUUGUAGUUCCUACACGCUGCGCGAGCUCUUCGCCGGGCUUUCCCGCCCGGACACUCUGAACUGCACUCUGGACCUAGGCGAGGGGGACGAGGACGAGGAGGAGGAGGAUUGGCUCGGCUCUUGCCGCCGCUGCGUCCUGGCUUACCAGAACUACGACCAGCAAGCGCAGGACCGCUACCAAGAGUUCGAGCUCGUGCUGCAAAAAUACUUGCAAGCGGAGGAGUACUCGGUGAAAUCCGGCCCGGAGGAUUGUAAGACUGUCUACAAAGCCUGGCUCUGUUCCCAGUAUUUUGAAGUCACACAGUCUCACUGCAACCACACAAUUCCUUGCAAGCAAUACUGUUUGGAGGUUCAGACAAGGUGUCCAUUUAUAUUACCAGACAACGAUGAUGUCAUCUAUGGAGGAUUAUCCAGUUUCAUCUGUACAGGGCUCUAUGACAACUAUCCAACCAAUGCAGAACCAGAAUGCUGUGAUGUCAGAUGGGGACUAAUAUCAGAUAACCAAUCCAAAGGGACUUUAAAAACAAGUGACUCGAUGUGUCACCGGACAUCACUCACAGUUUCAUCAGCAUCAAGACUGUGUAACAGCAGACUCAAACUGUGUGUUCUCGUACUAAUUCUCUUACAUACAGUACUAACAGUCUCAGCAGCACAGAACUCAACCGAACUGGGCUUUGGCGGCAUAACAACUUUGGAAGAUAAUUCAACCAAUGAGGAAUAA